GGUUGAGUGUAUCAGUCCAAGGACACUGCCGGGUGGGAGCGGAGGGGCCGGACUCGGAGCCGGGGAGCCGGGCUGGGGUGCGCUGCCCGGGGCUGGGCCGGGAGGGGGGGAGGGGGCGCGGCGCUUGGCAGCCCCCAGCCGGGCGCGCGUGGGGUUGUGUCUCGCCCGCCCGCCCGCGGUGCAUGAACUCGUCCCCCCGCGCCUGGCCCAUUGUUUUGGGGGGACCCUCCCUCGGGCGCCCGCCCGCCCGCCCUCCCCCAUGACCAUGCUGCUGGACGGCGGCCCGCAGUUCCCCGCCCUGGGAGUCGGGGGCUUCGGGGCCCCUCGCCACCACGAGGGGCCCGGCCGCGACCCCGCCGCCGCCGGGAUGGGGCUGAGCCCCUUCGGGGACGCCUCGCACGCGGCGGCCUUUAAGCUCAGCCCGGCCGCCCACGAGCUCUCGUCCGGCCAGAGCUCGGCGUUCACCCCGCAGGGCUCGGGCUAUGCCAACGCGCUGGGGCACCACCACCACCACCACCAUCACCACCACCACGCCGGCCAGGUGCCCGCCUACGGGGGCGCGACUGCCGCCUUCAACUCCACGCGGGACUUUCUCUUCCGCCAGCGGGGCUCCGGCCUGGGGGAGCCCGCCUCCGGCGGCGCCCAGCACGGCAUCUUCGGCGGCUCCCCCGGCAGCCUGCACGGGCCGCCGGGCAUCGCGGAGAGCCCGGGCUACCUGCUCUUCCCGGGGCUGCACGAGCAGAGCUCCAGCCACCCCUCCCCCGGCGGGCACGUGGAGAACGGGCAGAUGCACCUGGGGCUGCGGGGGGAUCUCUUCGGCCGGCCGGACCCUUACCGGGCCGUCUCCAGCCCCCGCACGGACCCGUACGCCGGCGCCCAGUUCCACAACUACAACCCCAUGAACAUGAAUAUGGGCAUGAACGUGGCGGCCCAUCACCACCACGGCCCGGGGGCUUUCUUCCGCUACAUGCGCCAGCCCAUCAAGCAAGAGCUGUCCUGCAAGUGGGUCGAGGAGAGCCAGAUCAACCGCCCCAAAAAGAGCUGCGACCGGACAUUCAGCACCAUGCACGAACUGGUCACCCAUGUGACGAUGGAGCAUGUCGGGGGGCCUGAGCAGAACAACCACAUCUGCUACUGGGAGGAGUGUCCGAGGGAAGGCAAGUCCUUCAAGGCGAAAUACAAACUGGUGAACCACAUUCGGGUUCACACGGGGGAAAAGCCAUUCCCUUGCCCGUUCCCAGGCUGCGGGAAAAUCUUUGCCAGGUCCGAGAAUCUGAAGAUCCACAAAAGGACGCACACAGGUGAAAAACCUUUUAAGUGUGAAUUUGAAGGCUGUGAUAGACGUUUUGCGAACAGUAGUGACAGAAAGAAGCACAUGCAUGUUCACACUUCAGACAAGCCUUAUAUCUGUAAAGUGUGUGACAAGUCUUACACCCACCCCAGCUCUCUUAGGAAACACAUGAAGGUUCAUGAAUCGCAAGGGUCAGAUUCCUCCCCAGCGGCCAGUUCAGGUUAUGAAUCGUCCACUCCGCCCGCUCUAAGUUCUGCAAACAGUAAAGACUCUACUAAAAGUCCGCCAUCAGCAGUUCAAAGUAACACAAGCCACAACCCCGGACUUCCACCCAAUUUUAACGAAUGGUACGUCUAAGGACAAACCAAGCAACCUAACUAUAGACUGGACCAAAUGAAUUCAAAGGAAAACUGAAAAUCAAUCACACGGAAAUGGAGUUUUCAGGCAAACAACCGUACAGGGCUACAUCCAGUUCAUUGCAAUUAUCCAGGAAAGGGUUUUUAAUUUUUUUGCAAGCUCCAGACGCUGGACUAGCUAUGUCCUUUUCUCAGGAUUGGAUUUUUUUUGUUUGGUUUUGGCAUUUGCAGUAAUUUCUUUGAUUUUUUUUCUCUUCCCUCUUCCAAUCGCCUCCCCUUCUCCCUUCAUUUGAACACUGUUUUUUAUUUUUUUAUUGUCUUUUUUUUUUGGCUUUUUCUUCCUUCGGUGGGAUGCUGACAUGAGGAUGAAAAUUCUCCUUCGCCUUAGUGGUGAUUGUUUAAACUCACAUUCUUAAACCGUGCCAAAGUCCUGUUAUGUCUUGAACCUCUCUCUCUCUCUUUCUUUCUCUCUCACUCUCUCUCUCUCUCUCUCUCUCAAAGCAUUAUACUUGUGAAUGUAUUCUCGUCUGAUGGGUUCGUCCAGUAUUUUUUCAAGAUGAGGCUGUGGUGUUAUUCUACCCAGAUUGUGACCGUUUAGUAAAACAGUUGCCUUUUUGUAAUAACUUUUUUUGUAAAUACAUAUCCAUGAUGCCAUAUUUAUCGUUUGUAAUUUAAUUAUUGAUACGAAGUGCCGGGAACUGAACAAUAUUUAUGGGGGGGAAAAGUGUUUUCUAACAAAACAAAACAAAAAACCAACAAAAAACAAACAAAAAAAUUACAAAAGUCUGUACAGUUUUUGGUUAUAACUGCUUUAGCAUUAAAAGUUUAUUGUUUUUGAAA